UCUCACUCAUCGUUUAAGUAAGCAGGGUGGGGCUAGGUGCGCGUGCGCGGUUUUAGUACUCCUCCCCAAACUGCCAACUCUUCGCGCAAGCGAAGUAGGCUCGCCUUGCCUGGUUUACGCGUGCGCAUUAACGGGCCUGGCCCGGAAGACCAGACGCCUGCGCAGUGGGUGCUAUAGUGACAGUCCCCCGGGUGGGGCAUGGGCCAGUCAUGGCGGAGCCUUGGUCUGGGCAGUCCUUACAGUCUCUGCCGACCUUGGUGCUGGGCACCCUGGGCACCCUGGGCAGCGAGUUCCUGCGGGAGUGGGAGGCGCAGGACAUGCGCGUUACCCUCUUCAAGCUGCUGCUACUGUGGUUGGUGAUAAGUCUCCUGGGCAUCCAGCUGGCGUGGGGGUUCUACGGGAGCACGGUAACAGGGCUGUAUCACCGCCCAGAUUCCCACCCCAAGCCUGCUGCAGCUCUGGAUGUGUUCCUGCCCCCAGGUCUGGGCGGCCAGAACGGAUCCACACCUGAUGGCUCCACGCAUUUCACUUCGUGGGAAACAGCAAAUGAACCUCUCAAAACUCACAGAGAAUAAGGGAAGGCAGCAGAGGGAUCUCCAGGGACAUCACCGGGUCUGCUGGUUCCCACACUGGGUUCUGCUGCUGCCCAGACCUGAGACGACGGCAGGGAGGUCAGGGUUGGGGGUAGGGAAUACCCCAGUGCUUGCAGGCCUGGGCCUCCACUGCCCUUGGCCUUGUCUCCAGCAGUCCCAGGCAUUGGACCAGUAAAGUUUGCCUCUACCCUGAUCUGAGUGCCUUAAGGAGAGAAGGCAUGUUCCUCCUCUCAGGGGUCAGCUCAGGAGAAGCCUCUGGGUUGGGGAGACCAACUGUCCAUUUUCUUCCUUGGCUUUUUCCUGUCCCUCUUCUCAUCCCCCUGGGAUAUGACCCCAUAGAAAUUUGUCCUGAGAGGAAACUUGAGGUUGACCAGCUCUGGGAUUUGUAAAGGAAGCCUGUUUUCCCCUAA